AUGCCGCUGCCGCCCAUCGAUUCCAAAGUCUUGCAGGAAAACCCUGGGUUUGCAAAACUUUAUUCCACACUCACAAACGUCAUCUUGCAUCCCGAUGGCUCGACAGCACACAUUCCGGCGCUGAGGGAGCGCGCUGUCGUCCAGGAGGAGCUCCACAGUCACCGCCUCAGGGCGGCAAGCCAUCACCUCAUUGAGUGCGCCAUUGGCACAGCUGCGCCUCCGGUACCGAAUCCCCGAGGUCCGCGGCCGUCAAGCCAGCCGGAGCGGCACCACCAGUGGCGAGACGGGCGCGACCUUCCCGAGCUGCCCGAGCCACUCCUUGACCUCCUUCUCAUGCUUACUGCUCUCCUGGGAGCGGCCGAUUCGCUGUCAUACGAUUCCGUUGAGCUGCUUCUGUCUUCUCCGCCCCUCUCUGAUCUCGAAUCCCUACUCCCAGAUCUCACCGCGCUGAUCUCGUCGUCCCUACAUGCCUCAGCUCUCAGCCUGGCCCAGCUCGCCUUUACUUCGACCAACCAACCCCGCCAGAAUCAGAUCAUACCCUCUCUGCCGGGGUGUCAUGCGGCCCUGCAACAGACGCACUCAAAUGCACAGCACAGCCUCACGAAGGCCCAUCUCCGUGCACUUUCCACCUGCAGAAGCCUCCUCGGCGUCUACACGCAAUGCCUCACAAGCCUCACUCGAUCCCUCGAGGCCAAGCAUGGGGUCAUUGCCCGGAGUCUUGGGCUCCGCGCCUCUAAUGUUUCCCUCCUCGCUCAACACACGGUUGUCGAAGCCAAAAAUGCCUAUACAACCCUCGGAAGCGAACUCUACUCGCCCGAGGCCAUGGCCGCACUUCAAAACUAUGCUGCCUACUUGAACAAAGCCAAGGCACAGGUGUCGAGGCGCCUGCGUAGUCUGCAAGCCGAGCUUGAGAAGCUGAGCGCUGGGGCACCUCGCGACGAGAAGAUAGGGAAGACGGCGUAG